GGCAACUUUACUAAAUAGCGGUUAGCAAAUGCGCUGCUCUGUAAAAUUCAUGUCUUGCAACAACAAAGGACAGAGAAUAAAUGUGUUUCUUUUUGCUCUUAUGCUAGUUAUUAUGUACAUGUGAGAUUCACGUGCCUGGUUCAAAUUACGUGAACUUGAUGGAAGUACGUUUUCUUAAAAUGAGCGAAGGGAUGUGUUAGUUAACUCCAAUUCUGCAGAACUAGUCAAAAUCCCAACCCUCAAAGGCAGAAAGCCUGCCUUCAGAUAUCACGAUGAUUCGCAUCGCCGCGCUGAAUGCCGCUUCCACGGCUACAGAUGAGUCUCAAGACCCUUUGAGAAGCAGCAAGAGUCGUACAAAAGAGGCUCAAGAAGCUGAGGCGUUUGCUUUGUAUCACAAAGCCUUGGAUUUGCAAAAACAUGACAAGUUUGAAGAGUCCGCCAAAGCCUACCAUGAGCUUCUCAAAACUCCUCUGCUCAAGGAGGCGACACCCUCAGAAGAUCAGAGAGUGGGCCUCAAGCAUCCUGGAUUGAUGCUAAAAUAUUCCACUUUUAAAAACCUGGCGAGCAUGGCUGCAUCUCGUGAUGACCUUGAAAAAGCAAUGGAAUUUUACUUAGAGGCAGUUAUAUUGGAUUCCACUGAUGUGAACAUGUGGUAUAAAAUUGGUCUGGUUGCCGUGCGACUGGUACGCAUCCCUUUGGCUCGUCAUGCGUUUGAGGAGGGAUUGCAUUGUAACCCAGACCACUGGCCAUGUCUGGACAACCUCAUUACCAUCCUGUACACGCUCAGCGACUACACCUAUUGUUUAUAUUUUAUUGCUAAAGCGCUGGAGAAAGAUCAUUGCUACACUAAAGGCUUGGUGUUGAAGGAAAAAAUAUUUCAGGAACAACCUUGUUUGAAGAGGGAUACAAUGCAGAUGUUCACAAAGUGUGAUACGUCUAUUCACUAUGUGGAAGUGGAGGAGGAGGAACGCAGAUCCAUUGUGGAGGAGGCACUGGAGAUAAGGAGGCGCAGGCAGGCUCUUUCUCAUUGUGACCCAAAACCUGACCUUGUUCUUAUUCAGCCAAUCCGCUGCCUGUCGUGGAGGCAUGUUGGCGAAAGCCUUCUUGCAAUGUACAAGCAUCAGACCACGUGUGAACCUCCUCGCCCAAGUCUUGGUCGCAGAAUAGACUUGUCAGAUUACAAAGAUAUGAGCUUAUUCCAGAGCAUCCCCCAGCCAACGAGUCCCGUCAGUGUGGGGCAGACAGCAGUGCUGAGCAGCAGCCCCAGUUCAUCCCUGCCUCCAGUAACCUUUCUUGAACCCGCCGUGCUGUCCCAGCCGGGCUCUCAACCUCAAAUUACUCUGAGUCAUGCUGCCGUAGAGGUUAAUACCUCUGCUCCUCCAGCUGCUGCAGGAAUGGAAGUUUCUCUCUCAGAUGGAAUGAAAAAGCAACCAAAAAGGAAACGUGGGAUCGAGGACAGCGGGGAAACGGCCAAGCGUCGUUCUGCACGCGUUCGAAACACAAAGUGCAAGAAAGAGGAGAAGGUUGAUUUUCAAGAACUGCUUUUCAAAUACUUACCCUCCAGGCUCAAGAAAUUUGAUCCAGACAAUGACGACGAGAGCUUAAGUAAUCUUGAGACUCGGUGCGAUGGGAGGGAGGAGGAUAAUCAACUUGUGCAUGGAAGUUGUUUGCCGGUUGACUCUGUGGAAUACAUGGAAUCUGAGCAACAGGAUGUCCACAACUUCCUUCUCAAUAAUAUGACCAAUGGCGGUGUUCUGGAUCUGAUGAUGCGCUACCUGAAAGCGGUUGGUCAGAAGUUCAUGGAGGAGUGGCCUCGGGGGCUGACUGCCGUGGUGCUGGAGGUCCAUCAGACCUGGAGGAAGCACAGCAGUGGCCUACCCAACCCUUUGCUGCGCGACUGCAGCAACAAACAUCUCCAGGACAUGUUGACGAUGAGUCUAGUCUGUAUGGAGCUGCAGUUAGAACAGUGGUCACUCAACAAAGGAAAAGGUGGUACCCCAAGGAAAAGCUCCUGCGAUUCCAGAAAGGAUGGAUCAGAGUUAGAAUUCCCUGGACAACACUUCCAGGGAGACCUGUUGAUGCUCGCUAUGGGUUGUUCUCAAAGAGAUUUGUUUGAGGAUGAUUGGUUAGACCUCAUGGUGCGCGUCUAUUGGCUAAAGGCUCGAUUCUUGGCUCUGCAGGGAGACAUGGAUUCUGCCCUGGAGAGCUAUGAUGUAUGCACAGGUCUGUUGCAGAGCAAACCAAAAACCCCUGAUGAGAAAAAUUACACAGUGAGCUUGCCCAAUCUGCGUGCAGAUGCAUCUAUAUCUUUGGAAGAGGUUGACAAAAGGCUGAAGUCACUGGAGCGCUGUCAGUCUUUGGAGGAGAUCCAGCGCCUCUUUGAGUCUGCUGACUUCAAGUCCGUUGUUCGUCUGCUUCAGCCCACUCUUAAUUAUGGAAACAGGAGCAAAUCUCUGGAAUUUGUGAGCUCAGCACCGGAGCGUCCAGCAUUGAACUUCUGUGGAGUGACGCCCUCUUCAUGUUUCAAUAUUUCAAACCCAAAUCGCUGCCGGAGUUUGACAGCUAUAAGACGAGUACUGUGUCUGCUGAACUGGCCAAUCUCCUCAGAAGAUUCGCAAGUAUCGCUCCCCAAACUGAAACCCCCGUCCUGUCCAUGGAGGAAGUGGCGGCUUACAUUGAGGGCAUUACAGAAAAGGCCCCCUGUCUUCCCACAGACAGCGCCCCCGCACCACCAAUCAUCAAUGAGAUUUACUACCUUUUGGCUGAUUAUCAUUUCAAAAACAAGGAACAGACCAAAGCUAUUAAGUUCUACAUGCAUGACAUAUGCGUGUCUCCCAACAGGUUUGACUCGUGGGCAGGUAUGGCGUUGGCUAGGGCUAGCCGCAUACAGGAAAAGCUCAAUUCCAAUGAGCUAAAAAGCGAUGUACCGAUAUGGAAGCACUCUGAGGCAGUACUGAACUGCUUCAAGAGAGCCCUGGAGAUUGACAGCUCCAACCUGUCCCUGUGGAUUGAAUAUGGCACCAUCUCGUACGCGCUGCACUCAUUUGCUUCUCGCCAGCUGAAACAGUGGCGAAACGAGCUUCCCCCAGAAGUUGUUAAGCAGAUGGAGGAAAGGAAAGACUCCAUGUUGGAGACGGCGUUCCUGUGUUUCCAAGGUGCUUCUAGCUGCGAGGGUGAUAGUGAUGAAGAAGAAUGGCUCAUACACUACAUGCUCGGGAAGAUUGCAGAGAAACGCAAAAAACCUCCAGUGGAGUAUCUGCAGCUCUACAAAAAGGCUGCACAUUAUCUGCAUGAAGAAGCUGCCAGGUACCCUCGUAAAAUUCAUUACCAUAAUCCCCCCGACUUGGCCAUGGAGGCCUUAGAGUUGCAUUUCCGUCUGAGCACCAGCAUACUGAAAUUAUUGGAAGCUAACAAGCCUGAUCUGGACCAUGAACUCCUGUUCACUUUGCUAGUUGAAGCAGCUACUGGACCAUUUGCCAGGGGGGAAGAGAAAAGUAUGCCGAGCAUGCCAAGGACAAACGAAAAAGAAAAGCCCCCUUCCAUGAUGGACGAAGACUUUAAUUGUUCCCCAGUUUGCAUAGGGAAUGCCCUGAGCUCCUCUGUUCCAGCAGUGACCACUCCAGGUCUGACAUCUCCUCCUUACGUGGCCACGCCAUGUGACCAUGAUUACGCCAAACGCAAAACACUCCGAAGGCAGCAGUGGCAGCAGCAACGGCAUGAGGAGCAGCAGGCUGAUGCCUCAUCGAGGUUUGACCAUGAUUACUGCCUACCCAGGUCUGCAGUAUGGCUGCCUUCCCUCAAUGAGCGCAGUCAAGACAGUGAGGUAGUAUUGCUUUCUGACUCUAACUCAACCCAAGAUGCCUUCACUGAUCCCACCAGUUCUCAAGACAGCAGUCACAAACCAGUGUCUGUCAAGGCUGGUUCAUCGUCGUCAGAAAGUACAACCCCUGUGAAGGACUCGCAGCCAACCCCUGAUGAAGCAGUCUCACAUAGAGACUUUACAGGCAUCCAGAUGGAAGAGAAGUUUAUCCAGGAGGAAAUAGAGGCCAUCGUGGUGAUAGUGCCUGAAACUUCAGCCACUGCAGUCUCUGCAGAUCCUCAUCCUCUUCCUGGUCCAACCACCCCCCCAAAGCCAACGUCCUCUCAGACACCGACCAGCGAAAGCAAGAAAAAACCAGAACCUCCGGCUGAGGUGAUCGAGGUGCCCAAAGCUCUGCCAGUGGAACGGGCUGAACAGAGGAGGAUGCUAGUGGAAAUGUGUGUCCGUGCUCUGUUUCUCUGCCUCAGCCGCUUCCCUCAGCACUACAAAAGUCUAUACCGUCUGGCCUACUUCUACACCAACAGCAAAUCCCAUCAGAAUCUACAGUGGGCUCGAGAUGUGUUGCUAGGAAGCAGUGUCCAAUGGCAACAGCUGAAGCACAUGCCAGCACAAGGACUGUUCUGUGAGCGAAACAAGACCAACCUAUUUAAUGGCAUCUGGCGUAUUCCAGUAGAUGAAAUUGAUCGCCCGGGAAGUUUUGCAUCACAUAUGAACCGAUCUAUCGUGCUUUUGCUGGAGGUGCUCUCUCUCCUUAAAGACCACAAUACCCUGCUGAAAGUCUCUUUCAUGCUGCACAGAACCCCCGACCAAGGAAAGAAGUAUUUACGGGAUGUUGAUCGUCAGGUUUUGGCCAAAAGAGCAUUUUUCCUAACUGUAAAAGUCCUGGAGGACAAUCUGAACACUCUGACAGGGCUGACUGAACAGCAUCACAAAGCUCCUGUUAUUUCAAUGGGGGAGAUGACCACAACUGAUACAUCCAACAGGCCUAAUUCAGAGGACAGCAAGUAUGCACUGCCUAAAAAACCUGGGCUUUCAGAGGGAGCCUGUGCUUUGGACUCAGAGCCUAGAGAAGCUUCUCAAGCACGGCUUGCUACACCACCUCUGUCGAUGGAAAAAGGGACCAAUAUUCAGGAGGGCUUUCCUGGGAAUGUGGAGACUGUUGGGAACGAGAGGCGCAAAGCAGGACAGGAGGAACCUAUGGAGCUGCCUGCUGGUCCCUGGAGAAAGCCCACGACUACCACAGAUUCUCAGGGUAACCAAAUGGAAGCUGAGAGCUCCACAAGUUGCUUAGAAUCUGUGCAGAAAACGACUGAAAACAUCCGGACACCAGACCUGUCUCUGGAAGAGCUGACCAUCAGUUCCAGACAGCAGCAGCUUCUAAGCUCAGCACCAAAGAUUACGGUUGCAGGCAGUGGAACAGAUCAGAACUUACUACGAAAGCAAAACCGGAAAAGAAAACUUAUAGAUGAUGUGGAGUCUGGAAAAACCCUGCUACUCGAUGCCUACAGAGUAUGGCAGCAAGGGCAGAAAAUCAUGACCUACGAUCUGGGCCGCAUUGAGAAGAUCAUGUCGGAGACGUACAUGCUCAUAAAACAGGUUGACGAAGAUGUAGCCCUUGACCAAGCUGUAAAGUUCUGUCAGAUACAGUUGGCAACAUCUGCGCAAAGACAGCAGUCCUCUGGCGAUGCCCCAUCAACACCUAAAUACACCAAGGAGCACCGAGAGAUCUUCUUCCCCACAUCUUUGCCCACUCCCGUCUUGCUCAGCCACUCCACCAUCCACCCACUGUCCACCAAGGACCCUCAAACCAAAGCGGUGUGUGAGCCUCUGAGCAAGAUGUCCAGACCUCCCAUCUCAGGCUUUCAUGAUCAGCUGCAGCACAGAAGAGCAGCCGGCCAGUCUGCUGCCUCCAUGGCCUUCCCUCCAUACACAGAGGAGCGGGAGGACCCCACAGAGGGGCUUCUGUAUCGCCAGCAGGAGUCGCACCUGUGUCAGCAGAUGAAACUGGCCUCCGUGUCCCCGGGCCAACACCCCGCUGCCAACUGGCUCCAGGAGGAAACGGCAACAUGUAGCACCACACAACCCUGCCCAGACAAGCCGUCGUACAGCAGUGAGCAGUUGAAGCUUCCAGAUCCCAGCCGAAUCCGCUCCAAAAUCCCAGCAAAUAUGCCAAAGCUUUUCAUCCCCUCCCUCGUGACGAAGUUCCCUCCAGAAAUCACGGUGACGCCUCCUACUCCCACACUCCUCUCCCCAAAAGGCAGCAUCUCAGAGGAAACCAAACAAAGGCUGAAGAACGUUAUCUUGUCCUCCCAGUCGGCCGCCACAGUCAAGAAAGACUGCUUGAGCCAGCCUGCGCUGGAGGUGCAGGAGACGUCCAGCCAGGAGUCGUCUCUGGAGAGCGAGUCGGACGAAGAGGAUGACUACAUGGACAUUUGAGCCUCUGAAGGCCUCGUGUGCACGCUAAAACUGAAACUUUGUCACAUCCCAGUCUGUCUCUGCCAAACCCCGUGUCUGCCAGUCUUUAAAAAUGGAAUGAUCUAUGCCUCUGCUGCUGUUGAUGCUUAUGCCCCAAGAAACAACACAACAGCGGUGACAGUGAUGGUGCAUGACAGACUGAGACGGCUUUAGUGUCUGAAAUGUGCCAUUUAUGCAUAUCACCUUGUGGAACUCUCCUGCUCUUUACUGGAUCUGGAUUUUUUUUUAAAAAGAGCCUUAAAGCCUACAAGCGUAAUGUUUAUGCAUCUUUUGUAUUCUAUGUGCUAACUGUAUCUCCAAGCUGCAGCUAAAUCCCGGCUUUGAUGGCUCACCACCCAGAGGUUCCAGUUCCAAUGAGCGCUCAGCAGCAUGCUCCUGCUGUCCUUUUCUGUGGUCGUUUACCGUGGCAUGACAUUGCAUUGGUACAGUUUAUAUUUGUCUUUGAAUUGAAGGGCGGCGGGCGGGCCACUGCACUCGAGGUUCAUCGGCGAGCUAACCAGCCACAAAGCCUCACAACCUGUAGCAGAUUGGAAAUGUUUACACUUAACAUUUGGGAUGUUUUUUUUCUGUUUGAACUGAACUUUGUGCUAUUUUUGUACUGACUUAUAUGGUAUUGUAUAUGUGUAUAUAUAUAUCUAUUUUUUUCUUUCGUGUGCAUUUGUAGCUGAGAAGAAUGGUUCUUACCAGAGAGGCAUCUCAUCACCAGCACUAACACUCAGAGGGGCUUUUGUACAUAUUCUGUUCCAAAAAUCUUUUUGGCUUUAAAGGGUUGUCGCACGUGUGCGGCAAGGAUCAUUUCAGUUAGAAGUCUGAAAAGGAUCGGCUCCUUCCUGAUCUCAAGAAUGUUUGAAGGCACCAGGAGAAGGACUCUAACACUGACGAUGCCUUUCCAUGGAAGCCGUUUGUCCCAGUUCCUGUUUAACUCAGAGGAAGACAGCAGAAUGUUUUUUAAAAGAUUUUCUAUGAAAAGAAAGAAUUACUGGUUAUAUUUCUUGGAAGCUGUUUCCUUCUUUAUUUUUUUGUCCUUUCUACUUUAGUCCAUUAGCGCCCCGGGCUGUGGUACAGUGGGCGUCAGGAAGGGCUUCGGUGUAAAACUUCUACCAAAUCCGCCUGUGAAGCACUUUAACUCUCGUUUUCCUCCACGUAACCCCUUGCUUUGUCUUUAACUUUCUUCUUCCACUAUAAAGUAUAUCUUUGAUCUUCCUCCUGCAAUCAUCUCCAUCAUCGCUGAUCUUAUCUUUCUCCAAAGAAACCUCCAUAUUUUCCGUUCUCAUAUCUCCUCCUCACUCUAAACCUCUUAUCACUCUGUUCAUGUCUGCUCUGUUUCCGAUUUUUUUAUACUGUCAGUCAUCUUUCACACCACUGUCCAGUGCUGCUGUGUGCUUUAUUUCCUCUCUGUCUCUACCUGAUGUAUGGAAACAACUCCACACUUCACAUGUGUGCUCCUCCUGUUGUCACUUCAUGGUUUCGGUCCAUUUCUACCCUCUUUUUUUUUUUUUUUUUUAAAGUCAUUGCCCUGCUUCUGAACAUCAAACCUAUCUAUCUCUGCUCCCACUUUUGUCUUUCAGUGCGAUCUGAACCAUUUUUAUGCCGGACGUCCUUCCAGACACAACCCUAUGCAUUUAACCAGACCACAGGCUAGCACACAAAAACUUUACUCAAACUUUUUUGCUGUCCUAUAUGGUACAGAUGAUCACUUUGGGUGAACAAUGCUUAAAAAAAACCACAUCCAUAUCUGAUUCCAUUUGAACCAAGGCUUAUUAGAACGUUAUUUCAAGUCAUUGGCAUUCAAGUGGACAUUUUAUUUCAAUCAUUAACAGACAAUCGGGAGCAUUUUAACUCUGGACGAUGAUGUUAACAUCGCUUAUGGAAAUUAUUUAGGUUCCAAACUUCAGUUUCUUGAUUUGAUAAAUGUAACUGUUUCAGCUUUCCACAAGAGGGCAGUAUCACGCUGAUCAUUUUUGGUGCUGAUUCCAAGAAAGAUGGAUUAUUAGAGUUCAGUACAAAACCUCAACUGGCAAAAAAAGAGAAUUCUGGGAGUUUAUGGAAGCAGGUUUAUUUUUGUAGGUGUGCUGAUUCUGUCAUGUUUCCUGAAUGAAACAGCUCUGAAGAUGAACGUUUGACAGGAUUUUGCUUGACUUGAAUUUGACAUUAAAUGAUUCCUUUGUUGUC